CUGAUUUCCAGAUAUCUAGAGGUGUGUCGUAAGGUGAUUGUGGACGACCUGCAACUGGCGCGUGCUGCUGUUCCGUGCUUUCCACCUGACUAUCAAAUCUAUGACAGAUUCGUUCAUAUGUACCACAAUUGCGUGUGUAAAAGACUCCGCGAAAUUGCAGCAGAGCGAAUGGAGAAAAGCGAGUUAGUACAAUUAUUGAGUUGGAUUCAAACAUAUGGCGGUGAAGAGCUACUUGGUAAUCGCCGUUUACAAAUCAAUACAGUUGCGCUGCUGGAUGAUGUUCCUGUACUCUCCAGAUCCACUCUUAACACACUUUACGACAGGUGA